AUGAAGUGUCUCAGCGAAUAUUGUUGUCUUCGGCGCGUUUUUGAACCAUCGAGAAACGGAUUAUUUCCCUUGGAAAUCACUCUCGCUGGUCCAUCCCAAGACAUAUGCCGGCUCACGACUACUGAGCGUGGACUUACUCACUUUUGGUUCCGACUAUGUGCCCCUCCUCCUAAACUGGAUGGCCUCUACUCGCUCAAUGAGCUCACAAGACACUGCGAGCAGAAGUACAGGAGCACCAAGGACAUCGACUUCCAAAAUGGCGCGGAGUUCUGGAAGAAGAUCACUCCGCGCAAUUACCAGUUGGUGCUCAUCUUGGCCAAGAACAACUACUGGUCGCUGGAGGAAGUCAAGCCGUGGUUCAGAAUGUUCACAACACCGACGACUGCCUGCGCGGAGCCCGCCAAACCGGUAUGUACCCCCAUAUCGCCUAAGUUUUGA